GGGUUGCGCCUGCGCAGUGUUUCGUCGCGUGCUGGGCUCGGUUAAGGCCUGCGGUCCUGGUGGUCCGGGGUCCUGAUGUGCCGGCGGUGGAGUCUGUUUGGAACUAAGCGCCACCGGCUCAGUGAGCACCGAGGAGCGUAGCUCGCGCGUCUCUUGGGGAACUGGGGCCCGCGCCCCCCUCGGCCGCUUCUCUUCCUCGGUUCCUUCCCGGCUGAAGUCCCCGCGAGGACGCCGAGGGGGCUCAGUUGCGGCUUGUCGGCCCCACCCGGCCCUGCACGUGCCCCGAGCUUGGGAGUUCGCCCAGUGAAGAUGCCGGAGAUCAGAGUCACCCCUCUGGGGGCCGGCCAGGAUGUGGGCCGCAGCUGUAUCUUGGUCUCCAUCGCGGGCAAGAACGUCAUGCUGGACUGCGGGAUGCACAUGGGCUUCAACGACGAUAGGCGCUUCCCCGACUUUUCCUACAUCACUCAGAACGGCCGGCUGACCGAUUUCCUCGACUGUGUGAUCAUCAGCCACUUCCACCUGGACCACUGCGGGGCGCUCCCCUACUUCAGCGAGAUGGUGGGCUAUGAUGGACCCAUCUACAUGACGCCCCCCACCCAGGCCAUCUGCCCCAUCCUGCUGGAGGACUACCGCAAGAUUGCUGUGGACAAGAAGGGCGAGGCCAACUUUUUCACCUCCCAGAUGAUCAAGGACUGCAUGAAGAAGGUGGUGGCUGUCCACCUGCACCAGACAGUCCAGGUAGAUGAUGAACUGGAAAUCAAGGCCUACUAUGCAGGCCAUGUGCUUGGGGCAGCCAUGUUCCAGAUUAAAGUAGGCUCCGAGUCUGUGGUUUACACGGGCGAUUACAACAUGACCCCGGACCGGCACUUGGGGGCUGCCUGGAUCGACAGGUGCCGCCCCAACCUGCUCAUCACAGAGUCCACGUAUGCCACGACCAUUCGUGACUCUAAGCGCUGCCGCGAGAGGGAUUUCCUGAAGAAGGUCCAUGAGACUGUGGAGCGUGGGGGGAAGGUGCUGAUCCCCGUGUUUGCACUGGGCCGUGCCCAGGAGCUCUGCAUCCUGCUGGAGACCUUCUGGGAGCGGAUGAACCUGAAGGCACCCAUCUACUUCUCCACGGGCCUGACUGAGAAGGCCAACCACUACUACAAGCUCUUCAUCACCUGGACCAACCAGAAGAUCCGGAAAACCUUCGUCCAGAGGAACAUGUUUGAGUUCAAGCACAUCAAGGCCUUCGACCGAGCGUUUGCGGACAACCCUGGCCCAAUGGUGGUGUUUGCCACACCAGGGAUGCUGCAUGCUGGCCAGUCCCUGCAGAUUUUCCGGAAGUGGGCAGGGAACGAGAAGAACAUGGUCAUCAUGCCUGGUUACUGCGUGCAGGGCACCGUGGGCCACAAGAUUCUCAGCGGGCAGCGCAAGCUGGAGAUGGAGGGGCGGCAAGUGCUGGAGGUCAAGAUGCAGGUGGAAUACAUGUCAUUCAGUGCUCACGCUGACGCCAAGGGCAUCAUGCAGCUCAUUGGGCAGGCAGAGCCUGAGCACGUGCUCCUGGUGCAUGGCGAGGCCAAGAAGAUGGAGUUCCUGAAGCAGAAGAUUGAGCAGGAGUUCCGAGUGAACUGCUAUAUGCCAGCCAAUGGUGAGACAGUGACACUACCUACGAGCCCCAGCAUCCCUGUGGGCAUCUCGCUGGGGCUGCUGAAGCGGGAGAUGGCACAAGGGCUGCUUCCUGACGCCAAAAAGCCCCGGCUACUGCAGGGCACCCUGAUCAUGAAGGACAGUAACUUCCGACUGGUGUCCUCAGAACAAGCCCUCAAGGAGCUGGGGCUGGCUGAACACCAACUGCGCUUCACUUGUCGUGUGCACCUGCAUGAUGCCCGAAAGGAGCAGGAAACGGUGAUGCGUGUCUACAGCCACCUCAAGAGCAUUCUCAAGGACCACUGUGUGCAGCACCUGCCUGAUGGCUCAGUGACCGUGGAGUCCAUUCUUAUCCAGGCUGCUGCCCACUCAGAGGACCCAGGCACCAAGGUGCUGCUGGUCUCCUGGACCUACCAGGAUGAGGAGCUGGGGAGCUAUCUCACGUCACUGCUCAAGAAGGGCCUUCCCCAGGCCCCCAGCUGAGGCCCCACUAGGCCUGCCACCUCUACCUCUGCAGCUGAGGGACCAGGCUCCACUCCAGGACAGCAUCAACACCCAGGGGUCUGGCUACUGUGUCCCCCUGGGUGAGCAGAGCCCAUGGUAGGGCCACAGUUCUCUUAGCACCUGGGGACAAGGCCUGUGGUGUGGGUGCUCUUGCUGAGAGGGCACUUCGGCCUAAAAAAUAAA